CACAUAUAAAGUGAACAGACAUUUAUUCGUAGAACGUUGGUUUCAGUGCAAACGAACACUGUUUGUCAUUGGUUCGUGUGACCGUUGUGGAUGUCGUGGUUUACUUUAAUUGUGUUGGUUGGAUGGUUUGUUUGUUGAGUCUGGUGUGCAGAUAUCUGCUAUUAUAUAGCGUUAGGGAUAAUUUAAUCCUAUAACUCAUUUUGUUGUCUUUGCAAAUGAGUUAGUAAAUAUGAGUAAUAGACGAUGUGCAGCGAAAACGUGCUUCAACACCCAAGGAUGUCGACCUAACCUUAAAUUUUUUAAUUUCCCUAAAGACGAGCAGCUCUGCCAUCAGUGGGCCAUAAAUAGUGAUAGAGAGGAUCUAUUGGACAAGCCUGUUGAGCAAUUAAGCAAAUUUUUGUUAUGUGCUGACCAUUUUGAACCACAUUGGUUUCUAAAUCCCAAAUACAAGACUACGUUUAUCCGUACAGGACAACCUGUGCCUACAAUCUUCUACAAUAAUCUAGCAGAUUUUGUUCCAAAGAGCUUACAGAAAAGUUUUGCACUGAAGAAUACAGAUCAUCAUUUAGGUACUGAAGUCAUAGAUCAAGGAAAUUGCCUGUGCCAUAAUAUGAACGUUUUUGAAAAUGAUGUGGAGAACUCUGUACAGCAAAGUACAGAAGAAUUAGAGGCGAUCUUGAGAGAUGGUGAUGCAUCUGAUGGUUCACAGUUUAAGUUUGCAACAUCAGAUACUCAGACAGAUGCAGAGGACUGUACUGUGGAAAUAAAAUUUGAUUUAGAUUCUUAUGUUGAGGAUUCGUCUGCUAUAAGAGGCUGUCACAAAAUUUGCAGGCUCUGUGCACAUCUGGUUUAUGAAUACAAAUUAAUUUCAAUUUUUUCUCCAGACAAAACAAAGUGUUUGGCAAAUAAAAUGAACAGACUUCUGCCAGAAAAAGUCUUGGAAGGAGAUGGGUUGCCUGAACAUAUAUGUAAUUCAUGUGUGAACAAAUUGAAUGAAUGUGACAUGGUGAUCCAGUCUUUCAUAGCAGCUGACAAAAAGUUAAGAAGUUUGUUUCGAAUGCAGAAUUUCAUACCAGCUACAACCGAUGAAGAAACAUUUAAGGAUGAUGAAGGAAAUAGAAAAUCGCCCACAGUUACAGUGGAGGACUCGGGGUUACCGCCUGGUCUUGCGGAGUUUCUUGCGCUAAAAGAUAGUUCACCAGAUGAUAAUUUGUUAGACAGAGUAUGUCCAAGCCAGAGAUGUGAUAAAGUAUACAUAAUUAAAAGACCUCCCUACCUUACUCAAGUUAAGAAUUCAGAUACUGCUGAAACAGGUGAUGCAGAUAUUGAACAUGAGUCAGUACCAGACCAAAUGCAAGAAAUGACGGUGCAGAUGUUGGAAGAAUCCUGUGAUUCAUCAAAUCUUGGUAAUAAUGAGACUUCUACAGACUGUGACCCUCUGGUGCGUAUGAAAGCUGAAGACUCUUGGUCUGCAAGUGUUGAAGACUCAAAUUGCUGUAUGGACCCAGCUGACACAGUACAAGGCAUGAAAGUAUAUCGGUGUUCUGUCUGUAAAAUUGAGUACAAUGAAAGACAUAAGUUGCUUAUCCAUGAAAUUACACAACACAUAUUUGAAGAAAAACAAGCAAAAGGAAUGUCCGUUCUACAUAAGAAAUACAAACGAGAGCAAGUUGCGUGCAGUAUGUGUAGUCAGAUCUUCAGUGGGAAGAAGCCUCUCAGGCGACAUAUAAAGGAACAACAUAUUCCAGUAGAAAAUAUUUGUGACUUCUGUGGUGCGUACUACCAAAACAAAAGUCAGUUGGAGGUUCAUCGAAGACUUCACACUAACGAAAAACCAUUUAAGUGUGAAACAUGUAAUAUUAACUUUCACUUCAAGAAAGAAUUGCAACGACACAAGCGCAGUAGCCACAGACAGGUGAAGUCCCUUACGUGUGCAAUUUGCAACAAAACUUGUCCAAAUAGAAAUGCAAUGUGGAGACAUGAAAAGAUACAUACAGAUGACAGAAAUGUCUUGUGUUAUUUAUGUGGAAAGGUGCUGUCAAACCCUCAAAGUAUGAGAGUGCACAUGAGAACUCAUUCUAGUGACCGACCAUGUUCUUGUCCCACUUGUGGAAAGAGCUUCAAGGAUAACGCGUCUGUCAAUAAGCAUAUGUUGAUGCAUUCCACAAAGAAUUUUGUUUGUGAUAUCUGUGGCAGGGCAUUCUAUAGCAAGGCCCUAGUAAAGCAACACAAACUUAGCCAUUCAGGAGUUAAGCCUCACAAAUGUGAGACAUGUGGCACAGCGUACAAUAGGUUAGGAAAUUUGAAUCAGCAUAAAAAGAAACAUGCUGCAAACUCUCAGUCCAUAGAGGAUCUUUCCCAUGAAUGCGUCAUGUGUGGUAAGAGGAUGCGGUCAGAGUUGACACUCAAGUACCACCUGGCAAAACAUACUGGAGAAAAGAAGCCGUUUGAUUGUGAAGUUUGUGGAAAACGUUUUGUUGCCGUGGAUCCGUAUCGAGUGCAUAUGCGUAUACACACUGGAGAGCGUCCUUAUCAGUGUACCACGUGUGGUAAAACCUUUCGAAGCUCAUUUACACUGAAACAGCAUGCUGCACUUCACAGGGAUGAGUGUCCAUAUGCUUGUCCCUUUUGUGAACGUAAAUUUAAACGACUUCAGUCGUUGAUUGUACAUAAGCGGACACACACAGGCGAGAAGCCACACCGAUGUCCAUUUUGUGGACGUGGGUUUGCUCAGAAGGGAGACAUGUUAAAACACACCAGAACACACACUAGAGACAGGCCUGCGAGAGUUGUUACAGAAAUAGAAAACAUAUCUGAAUUGGCACUUAGUGAUUCUGAGAUAACUAGCGAGUACCUCAUCGAUAUGCCAAUAGUUGAAGUGGAAACUGAAAUUCAUCCAGAAAUGCAAUUGGAAAUUAAUGCUGAAAUGCAUGAUUCAUAAGUGUCAUGACGUAUUUAUUUUGUGAGGCAGUUCUGUCUGUCUGAUCAGUUGCAAAAAAAGUUUGGAAGUAUUGGUAAAGGCAUGUUUAUAUUAAAUAUGGUACUGACAGCAUCAGAGUCUGUAUUCCUAUACAGAAUUUCUCUUUAUUUUGUUCUGUCAAGUAGAAGAAUAAUUAAAUGAUAUGUGCUGUUUAACUAUGUAUAAUAUUAAUUGUAACUUGUUUUACUUUCCAUAUCUUCCUACGAUAAAGGGAGCACAGUACCAUAGAAGUACAUUUAUCAUUGUUAUGUGUAAGUCAGUGUUUGUAAUAUUUUAUGUUGUGGCAAAAAUACUUUUAGAUUAAGAGCUUUUAGUGAAGUCUGGUUGAUGUGCUCAGAAUCACAGGAUCUAAAUACAUGGUAAUGAUUAUUUACAGUCAUACAGAAUAUUA